CCUCCCCCGGGCCCGAGCGGGGCCCCGCGGGCGGCUGUGCCGGGACUGCGGCCCGUCACGUCUGAGGGCCGCAGGCACCGCCCGUCGGGAGCGCCGCCAGCUGUCGGGCAGGAGACCUUAGCAGCGGCUGUUUAGAAAGGAUAGCAGCGUCGGAAAGUGCUCAGGAGUUCAUGGGCCAGAAAACUGAAAGUAGGUAAUUCCUGGGAACUACUCUGCAAUCUGGCUUCUGAGUAAUACCAGGUACAAUGGCCGCAGUAGCCCAGAAGCACUUUUUGGAAGGGCAGACAUAUUCAGUGCCCCUGAUCCAGCCGGACCUACGCAGGGAGGAGGCUGUGCAGCAGGUGGCAGAUGCACUUCAGUAUCUGCAAAAGGUGUCGGGUGAUAUCUUCAACAGAAUCUCUCAGCGGGUGGAGGCCAGCCGGGCACAGCUCCAGGCAAUUGGGGAGAGAGUCACACUCGCCCAGGUGAAGAUUGAGAAGAUAAAGGGCAGCAAGAAGGCUAUUAAGGUAUUUUCCAGUGCCAAGUACCCAGCCCCUGAACGGCUGCAGGAGUACAGUUCAAUUUUUGCUGGUGCAGAAGACCCAGCUAAACAGAAAUGGCCAAGACACAAGAUUCAGAGCAAACACCGAAUGCUGGAUGAAAGAGCUUUGCAGGAAAAGCUCAAGUAUUUCCCUGUGUGCGUGAGCACCAAAAUUCACCAGGAGGAUGAAGCAGAAGAAGGCCUUGGCAGCCUUCCCAGGAACAUCAGCUCCCUCAGCUCCCUGCUACUCUUCAAUACCACCGAGAACCUGUACAAGAAGUAUGUGUUCCUGGAUCCUCUGGCUGGAGCAGUGACCAAGACCCAUGUGGCUCUGGAAACAGAGACAGAAGAGAAGCUCUUUGAUGCACCUCUCUCCAUCACCAAAAGGGGACAGCUGGACCGACAGGUUGCUGAAAAUUACUUCUAUGUGCCAGAUCUGGGCCAGGUCCCUGAGAUUGAUGUGCCCUCCUACCUGCCAGACCUGCCUGGCAUUGCUGCAGAUCUCAUGUACAGCGCUGACCUGGGCCCCGGCAUUGCACCCUCUGCCCCCAGCAGUGCUAUUCCAGAGCUGCCUACUUUCAACACAGAGUCGGUGGAGCCUUUGCAACCAGAUCUUCAAGAUGCUGAGCUGUUGCCACCUCCUCCCCCUCCGCCUCCCCCACCACCUCCUGUUAUGCCAACUCCGGUGCCUCCUCCGCCGCCCCUGCCCCAGCCCACAGCACCCUCGGAACCGGCCCAGACAGCGAGCGAGGAGAGCAGCAACACAAUGCCUACAGCUCUGGUCCAAGGAGCCCCGAAGGAGGUGGUGAACCCCUCUACUGGGCGUGCUAGUCUCCUGGAGUCCAUCCGCCAAGCUGGGGGCAUUGGGAAGGCCAACCUUCGCAGUGUCAAGGAGAGGAAGCUGGAGAAAAAGAAGCAGAAGGAACAAGAACAAGUGAGAGCUACGGGACAAGGUGGAGAUUUGAUGUCAGACCUCUUCAACAAGCUGGUGCUGAGGCGCAAAGGUAUUUCAGGAAAAGGACCAGGAGCCUCUGGGAACACCGAUGCUCCUGGCAGUCCUGCUGGUGCCUUUGCUCGUAUGUCAGACUCAAUACCACCCCUCCCACCCCCGCAGCAGCCCGUAGGUGAGGAUGAUGAGGAUGACUGGGAGUCAUAGAUGGGGUCCAUUGAGUAUUAGUGUGAAACUGUUGCUGUCUUAAAAUUUUCAAUAAAGCUGAAGGAAGCAGGUCCUUGCUGCCUUCACUUCGGUAAAA